AUGGCGCAGAUUGCAUUUGAACAAGGUCAGUGCGAAACCAUUUGUAACCAGUGCUCGGAAGAAAUCUCGCCUGCCCUCAAACUGAUCAAACACGACGUCAAUCUCCUAAAGAUUGAUGUUAAUUUCGAUAUACCACGUGGUCCUAAAAAGAAAGACCAAAGGGACAAACUACGCGAAACCAUUCGCUAUUUAGGACUAGUCUGCGAAAAAAAUUUAUCAACAGAGCUUCCUACCUACCAACUUUAUCUAUGCAGCAUGCUGAACGCAGCCCCUCGAGUCCAUAAAAGUGAACUUAAUACUACCAACAACACCAACGUAAACAAUGUUAAAAGCUACUCGGUAGCAGCAGGACAAAAACAUGCCUCGUACAGCUCGGAUGCAUCAUCUCCUAAAAUCGUUCAUCCGGCUUCGUCCGAAAUCAGCGCACCACCAUCUGAUGAAAUCUUGAAGCAGGGAACCCAAUCGCUGGUGGAUCUCAACGUUGUAGCUGCUCCUGCUCGUUCUUCACUUUCAACUCCUAACAAUAACAUCAAUAAAAACAAAUCUAAUUCCAGUGGCCACGAAGGCUCUUGGAGCACUGUUACUUCAAAAAAAAAGAAAAAAUACUCCCCAAUUACUGUAGGUUCCAAACAACCUGAGUCCUUCAAGUUAUCUGCAGCUCCCUUGCCUCCCAAAAAAAUUGUUUUUGGGGUAGGCAAAUUGAAAAGCUGCGUCAAAGAAAAGAUCCUAGAACAUCUGGAAACUAUUGGACUGACCGCAGCAGAAUGCGUACCAGUCUUUAAAUUCUCUCCCACUCGUCCUCAACCUUCAACCAGCAUCUUCUACAAAAUCAAAUAUAAACUCUCUCUUUCUGCUCUUCGCACGCUUUGUUACACAUUCAUCUACCCUUAUCUAACCUACUGCAUCACACUAUGGGGAAAUAGUCCUAAAAGCCACCUGAAUAACCUAAUACUUUCUCAAAAAAGAUCAAUACGUUCAAUUUUUAACCUCAAACCCGAUUCCCAUACUAAACCCUUCUUCCUAGCAAAAAAAAAUUUACCACUUAACUUCAUCUGUCUCAAAUUAAUCCAGACAAGCAUAAAAAUAACAGGUCUUAAAAUUUGGACAGAACUUGUACCUCCCUAUCUAAGAGCCAUCAUAAACCUACAACAUUUCAAACGUUUCUACACUCUUAACAAUGAAAUUGAAUUUAAAACAUCAACUGAUCAUGAACAGGAUUAG